UGACUAAAGCUCGACAUUUAUGAAAUACUCUCAAUGCUCUAUGAACAACUUGUGCUUUUAUUAAAAUUUGUUAAAUAGUUUUUUCAAAUAUGCCGCACUUGAAAGUGAUGUUUAGGUUCUUUAGAAUGUGCUAGAAGUUUUUCGCAGUUUUUAUGGACUGCAACAUUAUUAUAGUCAAUGCGUAUUUACUAGUCAGAAUCAUUGCAGCAGUUUAAGAAGUUGAAGUAGUUCUGCUCGUAUACUGUUUUAUGUAUCUAAUUUAAAGUAAAAGAGAGAUAGAAAUGACACAGGAAACAACUUUAUUGCAUUGUUAUAAUCGUGGUUGUGGAAAAAAGUUUGAUCCAAAUGAUAAUAAAGAAGGAGACUGCAUUCAUCAUCCUGGUCAUCCAGUAUUUCAUGAUGCAUAUAAAGGCUGGUCUUGUUGUAACAAAAAAUGUACAGAUUUCACAGAGUUUUUGAACAUUAAAGGCUGUACAAAAUCAUGCCAUUCAAAUAUUAAACCACCUGAACCAGAAAAACCUGCUGUUGACAAAUCAAAAACUAAUGAAAUAAUUGAAGUAACUGCUCCUAACCUUUACAUCGAAAAACAGCUUAAGUUAGAAAGACCUCCUUUUGAGACUCCACAAGUUACUUUGACACCUAAUAUAUCGCCUGCAUUAUUAGAACAAAUUAAAGGGUUAACAUCUUCUGUAUCAGAAAAUGUGCCACAAACUAAAGUUCAAAUUGGACAAAGCUGUAAAAACAAUUCAUGUAAAGUUACAUAUAAUGGUCCUACCUCUGAUAAUGAAGUAUGUAAUCAUCAUCCUGGGUUUCCUAUUUUCCAUGAAGGAUUAAAAUAUUGGACUUGUUGUCAAAAGAAAACUACAGAUUUUUCCACAUUCUUAGAACAACCAGGAUGUUCACAAGGAACGCAUAGAUGGAUUUCUGAGAAUACUGGUAAAAAAGUUAAAUGUAGAAUGGAUUGGCAUCAAACCGGGACAUUCAUUGUAGUUUCUGUUUAUGCAAAGAAAUACCAACCAGACCAAUCAACUGUUAAAUUGAAUCCUAUACGAUUAACUCUUGAUUUAUUUUUUAUUGAAGAAAACUCUAGAUAUAAUCUUGAUUUAGAAUUGAGAGGGGUUGUUGAUGUUACACAAAGCAGUGUUAAUAUGCUUCCAACUAAAGUAGAAAUUAAAUUGAAAAAAGCUGAACCUGGAUCAUGGCCAAAAUUAAAUUUUCCUAGAGCAAGUGAAGCAGAAGCUGAAGAAAAUCAACAAAAUGAUGAAAAUAUUAGUGCACAAGUACAGGCUGUUGAUCUCAGUGAUCUUUAAAUGUCCAUAUUUAAUUGUUUCAUUAAGGAUAUUGUAAAGAAUGGACCUAUUUUGUAUUUAAAAAUAAUACUUUCGUUUGAAAGUAAAAGGAAAUAUUAUUUUCUUAAUAUUAUCGGAAGCAUCUCCGAGAAAAAUGGGAAUACCUAGUAUUCACUUUGUUAUUUUCUUAAGAAAAAUUAAGAAGUCUAUCAUUAAAUUUCAAUAUUUAAAAGCAGUAUUGAAUGUUCAAUACGUUUCAUGUUUUAUUUAUGAUUUGUUUAACGCUAAUAAAUCAUUUUGAACUAA